AGAAGGUGCCGACUUCCUGAGGAUGCCCCAAAAGAGGCUGGCUCUUUAACAACAGGGUUUGCGGGGCCUCCCAGUUCCUGGGUGCUCUGAGCUGUUUGGCUCCCAGGACUGUCCAUCUGAAUGAAGUCACGGUUGAUCAGGUUGCCUGGACUGGAAGGGCAAGCUCCAGGUGUUCCGAGAGGGGAGGAGGAAGUUGGGAGGUUUCUUGCUGCUUUGGUCAUUUUAUGCAAAGAGCCUGCAGCUGCAGCAAUGCAGCCUCCUGAGGCUGGCCGACCUGUUAUCCAGUUCCGCCACUGUGGAAGGGAUAUCUACUGCUUCAGGGUGCCUGACCUUUGCCCCGUGUGCCAGCAGCCCGUGAGCUUCAGGAAGCUGGACGAGGCACCUGUCAGCAUUGCUACCCCGUUGAUCCAUGGGCACCAAGAGCAGUGUGUCUUCCUGCUCAGGCCAACCCGAGGGACCUUCCUUAGGGACUAUGAUGGAAAUGCUGAUCUCCACGUUGGAAUAACCAAUACACGUGGAAUUGUGUAUAAUUACAACGAGCAAGGUGUCCACAGAGAUGAAGUUGGGUGGGAACAGAGUAUAAGUAUUCCACUAUUGCAGCCCAACAUGUUUGGACUGAUGGACCAAUGGGAUAAAUAUCUGGAAGACUUCUCUGCAACAGAUGCCUGGUCUCCAAACAGGUAUGAAGAACAUUGCCACAAUUGUUAUACUUAUGCCCUGACAUUCAUUAAUUAUAUACUGACUUCAGAGGGGAAGCAUCAAUUGGACAAAGAUGAAUUCACCGAGAAAUUUGUGGUACCAAAGACAAGGAGAGCUUCUAAGUAUAUCACUCUCUAUCGGGCAAUAGAAGAACAUGGGUUCUACAUUAUUGAUCACCUUGAUUCAGAUACAAAUCUUCCUUAGGGGAACAAUUUAUGAAUGAAAUUUUGAAAUGCACUAUGUCAAGAAAGGAGAUGAAGUUUGGAGAGCUGCUAUACAAGGGAUCGAUUCCUGAACUUUUAGUCUUCUCUACAUUGGGUUGUCAUGGCUGAAAAAUUCACUACCUGGUGGCCAGCCUACUGGUGAUAGGGCUUCUCAUAAUCAGCCAGUCUAGUCCUCAGACAUAGUUCAUCACCAGUACCAUACUGGAAAUCUUUUCUGCAUAACGUGGCAUGGCAUAACUUGCCAGAAAUCUUGCUUCUUUGGUCUGUCCUUCAAGAAUCUAGAAUAACUUCCCUGCCAUGAUGAAGUUAUUGAGCUUAAUCUUUAUUUUAAAUUGUAUUGAUGAUGUUUAUAUUUAUUUCACACUCAUUCCUGGAUGUACUCCCCCCCCAAGCACUGAAUCUUACUGUAAAAAAAUAAGUUAUAUUUUUGUUUCUUUUGUGUCACUAUAGUAUCCCAUGUAUUCCUCCUCCACCCAUACUAAGCACCAUCCCAUGUGAUGGAUUUUUUUUAGAGAGAGAGAAAAAACACAACUGAUUGAUAUGUUGAAAAAGUCCUAAACCAGGUGCAAUGUGUAACACCUCUGGACCUCCCACCUUCACAAAUGGGUAGAUUGGGAGUGGGGGGGUGGCUUCUCCUAUCUCUUCAUUUGAUUCUGAAUCCUUUAACAAAUAAAAACAGUUAAGCAAAAAAAUCUAUGUAAUAUUCUUAUCUGAAAGUGUAUGUAUGAUUCUUUUCCCAUAGCCUCUAUACCUUUCUGCCAUGAGGAGAAAGAUACAUUUCAAGAGUGUGACUGGAAACCAUGCAGUUUCCAAGGAAUCAAAAUUAUGGGUCAACCAAAGGGAAAGACAAAUAGGCAUAAAUAGCCUACAACAUAUUACCAACAUCAAAUUACUCACAAGAAGUGGCAUUAAAAAUUAUCAGAGAGAUGUAUAACUGGAAAGGAACAGGGCUGCUCAUGAAUCAAGAGGAGGGGAUAAAGGAUAACUCUGUUAUACUGAUAUCUAUGCAAUAUCAAGAGCUCUAAAGGAAGUCCAUGUUGGCUGGAGCCUCUGUGGAACAUUUGUAGUAGGGCAUGCACAAGAUGGAAAGAAGUAGAUAGGCUGGGUUCUGCACCACAUCACCGAAGUCACAGAUUCACUGAUGUCUUUCAGUACUGAAAUACAGGCAUUGUGGCUAGUGAAAAUGUCCCAAAUAUCAGCAUUUUUCAUUUCACAUAACCCAGUAUCAAUUCUCUCAGAUCACCAUAACCUCUUUUCCUCCUAUGCUUUACUAAAGUUUCUAACUGAUAAAAUAAUUAAACUUGCAUAGCAACUACGAACAUUUAAAUUAGUUUCAAUGCCCAGACUCACAAAAUACUUUUUCACUCCCUCAUCUCCAAUUUCUCACCAGGAUUGUUUGUCCAUUCAUUCAAUCUUCCUCAUUCCUCCAAUGUUUUUAGCAUUAUUUUUAUGCAGAUUACUGCUUAAUCUAUAGAGUCUAGCUAGCUCUAAUCUCCCCUAGAACGCCCUGUCCUAAAUCUCUAAUUGCCUAAGCAUCUCUAUUGGAAUGUCCUUCUGGUACUUUUAUCUCAACAUGUCCUACACUAAACUCACUACCAUCUCCACUAAAUCUGCGUCUCCUACCCAACCUUCCUACUCUCCUCACAAUCAGGAUUAAAGCCCACGUCAUUUAUCCUCCUUAAAUUAACUUAGGCACUUAGCUAUUUUAUACUGCUGCAACUUUUUUGGACUAUUUGUUCCCAUACACAUCUCUAGAAGAACUUUGAGAGUGCUUUGCCAACUUUUCUGGCUGAGAAGGACAUUAAAGAGCUUGUUAACUUACUUUGGUAUUUUCAUUCCCUAUCUAGUUGAAAUACUUUGUUAUGGUGAGUACCUCUUUUCAGAUAUGAGACUUGUGGAAACUAAUUCAAUUAAGUUAGUAUUCUGAGGGCACCCUGUGGCUGGCUGUCCCCUUUGGUGUGGUAGUAUGGUUUAAAUGAAGAAGCAGCGGACUUGGAGGCAAAGGAUCUGGGCUUAAAUCCUGGCUCUGACAAGCUGGGUGACAUCUGGUUAAUCACUUAACCCAGAUUAGUAAUAUCUGAAAUGCCUGUUCCUCGAGGGGCACAGAGUGAGGAAGGCCCUUGCACAACAGAGAACUUUUUAUUUUUGUGGGGCCCAGCUUAGCAUAGAGGAUGGGAAGCUUGAUUUGAAAUCAGAAAGACCUUGGUUCAAGUUUUGUCCCUGACACCCACUGAGUGUGUGACCUUGGGCAGGUCCAUGAAUCUUCUUGUUACUACAGGCACUCUCUCAGAUGACAAGUUACCGAAGAGCUGCUGGCUGGCAUUGGAAAGAAAGCUUCGUCACCUAGUGUUCCCUACACUGAUUAAUCAUAGGUCUAGUUAAAAGUAAAAUGACCGCUUAAUGUUCUCUAGAACAAAAUAUUAUGUUAGUUCUAUACACCUCCCAUAACACCAAGACGCUUUGUGGUGUGGAGAGAAAAAAAAUGGAGGAAUCCCAAGACCUGGAUUCUCAUUUCACCUCUGCCACUCAUUUGCUCUGUGACCUUGGGGAAGUAAUUUUACUUAACUGGGCCUCAGUUUUUCAUCUGUAAAAUGAGAGGUCUGCACUAGGACAUCUUCAAGGUCAAGUUCUGAUAUUCUGUGGCUCCAAGUAAGAUGAGAGAAUUACAGAAUUUUCCAGGGAGGAAGAGUCUCCUAUUUGAUAGAGGAGGUCUCUGAGGCUUGAAGAAGGGAAAUGACUUGCCCAAAGCCAGCACAUUAGUGUAGAGACCAGAACCAGAACCUAAUUUUUGGAUCUU